UGAGGGAGGCGGAAACCGGCUCGGCCUAUGGUUGGGCAGCGAGCACAGCGGGUUCCUACGGCGAGAUGGCUGCUGUUGGGCCUGAGCCCCCGCGCGUGGGCUUCGUCGGUGCCGGCCGAAUGGCUGAGGCCAUCGCGCAGGGCCUCGUCCGAGCAGGAAAAGUGGAUGCUCAGCGCGUGCUGGCCAGUGCACCAACGGACAAGAAUCUCUGCCGCUUCCGGGUUUUGGGCUGCCAGACCACCCACUCCAACCAGGAGGUGCUGCAGAGCUGCUCACUGGUCAUCUUUGCCACUAAGCCCCACGUCCUGCCCGCCGUGCUGGAAGAGGUGGCCCCUUUGGUCACUGCCGAGCACAUCAUAGUGUCUGUGGCUGCUGGAGUCCCUCUGAGCACCCUGGAGGAGCUGCUGCCCUCAGGUACACGGGUGCUGCGGGUCUCACCCAACCUGCCCUGCGUGCUCCAGGAGGGGGCCAUGGUGAUGGCGCGGGGCAGCCACGCUGGGAGCAGUUCCGUGAACCUGUUGGAGGCCUGUGGACAGUGUGAGGAGGUGCCCGAGGCCUACAUGGACAUCCACACAGGCCUCAGUGGCAGUGGUGUGGCUUUCGUAUGUGCGUUCUUGGAGGCCCUAGCUGAUGGCGCUGUCAAGAUGGGGAUGCCUAGUGGCCUGGCCCACCGCAUCGCUGCCCAGACCCUGCUGGGCACAGCCAAGAUGCUGCUGCAGAGGGGCCAGCACCCGGCACAGCUGCGGACAGACGUAUGCACGCCGGGCGGUACCACCAUCUAUGGGCUCCAUGCCAUGGAGCAGGGUGGGCUGCGGGCAGCUGCCAUGAGUGCUGUGGAGGCUGCCACCCGCCGGGCCAAGGAGCUCAACAAGAAGUAGGCCUCAGUGGCACCGGAGGCCUCCCGCCUCCACCAGCCACACUGCAGCUUCCUGCUGCCCUGGAGCCCCUCCAUCUUGCAUGAGUGUCUGACGCUGCUCCCUCCCCUGCAACGCGCUGCCAGGGGACAGGGCCUAAGGGGGUGGUGGGACUGUGGGCUCUGGGUGGUGAGAAAGGCCCCCUACAGUGGCCCCUACCCCUCAUGGUGACAAUGACUCUUGGAGUCAGCUGCUUGCACAGUGGGGCAGUUGGUAUGGCCAGGGGCCAGCCAGGGACAAAGUGACAACACUGCAGCUCCAGACUCCAGGGAGGCCUGGCGUCACGUCUUGAGGCAUCUCUGGAGAGGCCGGUGUGCACAGGUGUGCUGUGAUCCAGGCUGGGGGAGGCUGUGAGGGGCCACAGUGUAAAGAUAAGGUGGCCCAUGGAAGGCAGAUGUAAAAUAAACUUAAGGAAAAAAGAAAAUGA